AACCGUGUUUGGGCUGAGAUGUAUCAUUGCACGGCCACACACAGGUAGACACCAUGGACUUGCUACUGUAUACCUCCGUUAUUGUCUGUUUUUUGUUCAUGAAGUGCUGCAAUACCGCCACCACGAUAGAUCCACCGGAAGCAGUGUAUAGCUGGCCAAUCCUCGAGUUCGAUUGGAGAAGCGAGAACCAAACACAAGAAUAUAUUGCUGAUGCCAGGUUUAUUCCUGAAAACAAUCCGUUUACGGGGAUCAAGGUUUACAAAGGGAAAACUUACGUCAACGUUCCAAGAUGGCGAUUAGGUGUACCAUCUACACUCAACGUUGUGGUCGAGAAAAAUGGUAAACCUUAUCUUCAGCCAUAUCCUAGCUGGGAAAUGCAAAGGGUUGGUGGUGAUUGUAACUCAUUUAAGUUUAUACAGAGCAUGGAGAUUGAUCCAAACACUGGACUUAUGUGGAUCAUAGAUACAGGACGUAUAAACAUUUUCCCCGCCCCGACGGGAUCCCAGGACCCACAGAAUCUGUGCCCGCCAAAACUCGUCAUUUAUGAUCUGAACAAUAACGUCACAGUUCUUAAAUACGAGUUUCCAACGAAUGUCGUGAACCCCACAACGACAUUUCUCAACGAUAUAGUUCUGGAUUAUGUCGACGGGGAGGCGAGAUUUGCUUAUAUAACGGACACUUUUGAUUUCAAAAUCGUCGUAUAUGACCGGAAACAGAAUAUAUCUUAUUUUAUCCAGGACCUUCCAUCCAUGUCUCCGGAAAGUCCAACAGCUGGUGAUAUCACUGUAGGUAAUAUAAGUCUGUCAGUGGGAGUUCUAGGGAUUAAUGGAAUAGCCAUGUCGCCAGAUUUCAAAUACGUGUAUUAUGGACCAGUGGCAGGAGUUGGACUCCAUCAAGUCCCAACGUCGCUUUUGCGCAAACGUGAAAGCAGCACCGCUACGUCAUAUCCGGAAAUAAGGAAAGUGGGAGACAAAUUUACACAAUCUGACGGCAUGCUGGCUACACAGGCCGGCCGAAUCUAUUUCCCGGCUUUGUCCGUUAACGCUCUGUGGAGAUGGGACAUGGAAAAAGAUCGAUUGGAACAGGGCGUGUCCGAAGGUGAGGUCAUCAUGCGAACGCAAACAGAAGUGGUCAAAAAUGACGACACAAUGCAAUGGAUUGACACUUUAGGGAUCGAUGAAAAUGGUUGUAUCUGGUUUACGGCCCCCGCUGUGCAUCGCUGGAUGACCGGAAACAUGGACCUAACAGGCGCGAGCGGUGACAACUUCUAUAUAUGGAAAGUGUGCGUGAAUGAACUUGGGUACCUCCAAAACGCUGACGUCACUACGAAGGAUUCAUCUAAUGGCGGGAAUUCCCCUGCGGGUGGGAUGUCUCUGUUUGUUCUAAUAAUGCAUUUUAUCAAACGGAUAAUUGCGCAUGUCUAAGUUUUUAAUUAAUGACAUGUCAUUGGAAUU